CAGCAAUGUGGCCAGAGCCUCGGUGUUCGUCAUAGAUGCAUGAAGAUUGAGCCGAAGGCAAGCAGAUAAAGCCGCGACACCCCCGGCAUUACCAACUCGAUCUUGAGAACAAAGAUCCUCCCGGCAUUUCUCUUCCCCAGUGCAACCCUCCAACAACCGGCCCGGUACUGGCGCUAUUGGACGCCAUGGACAUCACCGUCGGGUUCAACGAGCUGCUCCGGCAACACCAAGUGCCGACAACGAGGAAGCCAGUCACCCUCAAUGCGAUCGAUGGCUUUCUGAAGGAGGCACACCGCAUCAACUCCCACAUCACCACCCUGCACCGAGAACUCCAAGACGUUAGGCAGGCCUACCUUUCAACCGCCCAACCACGAAAAUCGCAUAGCCGGUCCGCGAAUGGGCAGUCACGCGUACUAUCGGAUCGGGAUCGAGAGGAGAUCGACGCAAAUGCGAAGCAGAUGAUCCGGGAGCUGAACUCGAGCAUCCGGGCCCUCGACGACGCCGAGCAGCUGCGACGAGAAACAGAGUCGGCUAUUCUCCGAAAAAAAUAUGUGAGGGGUUUGGGAGCACUAGGAUCAUGGGCAUCCGGUGGGAUUGCUAGCAGCAAGACGGAAGAGCACGCUGCAGCCGAGGCCAUGGGGGAGGUUAUUGGAGUUCACCGGGACGGCAUUCUAUGGUUUCUGCGGCAUUGGCUCGAGCUGUGUUGCCGGACGCAACAAGCCAUGAUGGAGACUCGACUGAGGCGUGUGGUGGAAGAGAACAACAGCCAGCUGGCUACAGCAGAAGCGGCGUCUACUGGAGGCCUGGCAUCCUAUCCUUCUGCCCGACGACCCUCUCAUGCGACAGCGGGACAGAUCCCUACGUCCGAUGGCGCUAAGACCUCAAGCCAGGGAUUCACAGAGGAUCAGAUACAGAUGUUUGAGGAGGGAAACCAGGACAUGAUGAAGCUUCUUGGGAGCAGUAUGGAGAAAGUCAGUACUGCUGAGAAGUCGUUGCUAGAGAUUGCGGAACUCCAGUCGUUGUUGGUCAACAACCUAGCUACGCAGUCUGAGCAUAUUGAGCAGCUAGUGACAGACUCAGUGUCGACGACGGCCAAUGUGGGUGGGGGCAACAAGGAGCUCAAGAAGGCGACGCAACGGCCUAGCACGGCCCGGUAUACCUUCUUCGCAGCGAGCGGGCUUUGCGCGUUUCUGGUAAUCUGGGAUCUGGUGAUUUGAGAUUUGAUGAGGGGUUA